UGGAGCAGCAGGCAUGUGGGGGUAGCGAUAUGCAUGGGGCCACAUGACAUGGACGUGGCUGUGAGCAGCAUUUGUAACGUGCUUGUGCACAUGGGGUGAAUAGUGUCAGGAACACACGUGUACACAGAGGUUGAGAUGCAGCAGGUGGAGGCAUGUGCACAUGGAAGUGACCAGCAACAGAGACAUGCGUGUGCAUGAAGGCAAACAGCAACUGGAACACACAUGGCCAUAGGGGCAUGGAAAGCAGUGGGGGCACACGUGCACUCAGAGAAUGAACACAGGCACGGAGGCGUGUGCACAAGUGGCAAACAGGGUCAGGGAAAACAUGCAUGUCCAUGGGUGAAUAGUGUCAGGGACACGUGUGCAGGGGUGGGGAACAGGGUCAGGGACCACACGUGUGUGCACACGGGGUGAAUAGUGUCAGGGACACGCGCAUGCCCUGGGCCGGGUCUAUCCCGUGCCAGCUCCGCAGGGUCCCCACUGGCUGCGGGAGGGUUAAAGCCCCGGCCACGGGAGCGCACGUGGGCUCCCCCGCCCAGGGCCCUUUGUCCGCGGCUCGCCGCGUCCGGCCCCGCAGGGCGGCGGCUCCAGCCUCGCUCUUGUCGCUCCGCGGCUGCAGGGGCGGCGCAAGGUGCAGGAGCGGAUCCUCCGGACGCGCCGGGAGCUGGAGGAGGAGAAACUCCGAGCCCAGCAGCUCAAGAGGAAGUCCCUGCGAGACCGGUGGCUGAUGGAGGGGUCGUGCCUGCCCCCCGAGAACGACCCCACCUCCCCGCUCUGGCAGGCACAGUCCCGCAUCCAGGAGCUAGAGCAGGAUCUGUCCAGCCUCCAGUCCCAGAUGCAGCAGCUGGAUAACCCGGAGCAUCACGGCAGGCCGCAGGAGGCCUUGGAAGACGCUAAGCAGUCCGCAGGGGGCACCUGUGAGGCCCAGGGGGCUGUUUCUGCUUUGGCAGGUGGGGGGGGAUGUGGCUGCGAGACCGAACCCGCCUUCCGCCUGGCUCCAGUCCCCCCCAAGAGGGCCAUGCGAGCGGCAGCCCGGGAGACCCUGGAGAACGGGGACGUGUCAGGAGCAGGUCCCUUUGACGUGGAGGGGAUCGGCCCUGGGGAAGGCAAGCCUGAAGCCAGCUCUGCUGCUCUGGGAACUCAGGAUGACGGGGCAGGGCCCUCUGCCAAGCAGCCGGAGAAGCUGGGUGUGGGGAAGGUGGAGAUGAUCAUUAGAAACCACCUGGGCCAGGAAGUGGGCAGCAUGGACGCCAUGGGGCGGAUGUCCCCGGACACGGAGGGGGAAGCUCCCCGGGGAGAGAAUGGGUUGGAGGAGGCUUGGGACGGAAGGAUGGAGCAGGAGCCGCAGAGCCCACCCGCCCUUGCGAGCGACGCCCGGGACGGCGGGAUGGAGGAGAGGACGCCCCGGACGGCGGGGCUAGAGGAGAGCUUGGCAGGGCAAGGGAGCAGAGAGGGGCCGGAGGGAGAAUCCGGGGUGCAGGAGGGGAAGACGCAGGCCCUGCCAGAUGAGAACUGCUGCCUCGAUUCCCCAAGGCCCGAGCCAGACGGGGAGCUGGAGGAGCCGAUAGGAGUCGUGGAAGAGGGGCCGAUCUUGGCCGAGUCUGCCAGAGGAGCCACAGAAAUGGAGAAGGCAGAGGCUGCCCAGAGGGCUCAGGGCAGGGCAGCAGAACCAGAGAGGCCAGAGGAGCUGGGACCCACCCAGGGGAGAGGCACUAUGUGGCAGGAGCCUGCUAGGGAACAGGAGCGUCAGGUGUCCCCUGGGGCAGAGCAUCCCCAGGCUGCAGGGGUGGGAGAAGGAGCAGAGAUGAAGGCCUCUUUGCAGGACCAGAUCCCAGCUCUGCAGGACCAGAUCCCUUCCUCUCUUCAGGAGGCUAAAACCUCUCUGCAAGAUCAGAUCCCAGCUCUUCAGGGACAGACCCCCUCCCACCAAGAAGCUAAAGCAGCUGUCCAGGACCAGAUCCCAUCAGCUGCCCAGGACCAGACUCCUUCCUCUCUGCAGGAGGCUGAAGUAUCUGUGCAAAACCAGAUCCCAACUGUGCAGGACCAGAUCCCAUUGUCUUUGCUGGAAGUUAAAACAUCCCUUCAGGGCCAGAUCCCCUCACCACAAGAGGCUAAGGCAGCUCUCCAGGACCAGAUCCCUUCCUCUCUGCAGGAAGCGAAUGCAUCUCUCCAGGACCAGAUCCCAUCAACUCUCCAGAACCAGAUCCCAUCACCCCAAGAAGCUAAAGCAGCUCUGCAGGACCAGAUCCCUUCCUCUCCGCAGGAAGCGAAUGCAUCUCUCCAGGACCAGAUCCCAUCAGCUCUCCAGAACCAGAUCCUAUCACCCCAAGAAGCUAAAGCAGCUCUGCAGGACCAAAUCCCUUCCUCUCUGCAGGACCAGAUCCCUUCCUCUCUGCAGGAAGCUAAUGCAUCUCUCCAGGACCAGAUCCCAUCAUCCCAAGAAGCUAAAGCCGCUCUGCAGGACCAGAUCCCUUCCUCUCUGCAGGAAGUGAAUGCACCUCUCCAGGACCAGAUCCCAUCACCUCUCCAGAACCAGAUCCCAUCACCCCAAGAAGCUAAAGCAGCUCUGCAGGAGCAGAUCCCUUCCUCUCUGCAGGAAGCUAACACAUCUUUCCAGGACCGGAUCCCUUCACCCCAAGAAGCUAAAGCAGCUUUCCAGGACCAGAUCCCUUCACCCCAGGAGGCUAAACAGUCAUUCCGCCGCCAGAUCCCCUCCAGCCAAGAGCCAAUCCCUGCACUUCACGGGGAGGUACCGCUUACCCCAGGGGAGUUGCCACCCGGCAGAGCACCUGCCCUGGAGCAGGUGCCUGCCCGACCCGGGGAGAGCAUGGCCCUGAAAGGAGGCAGCGACGCUGGCCCGGUUUCAUCGACUGCAGAAGAAACCACUGAAAACCUGGAGAAGCUCCACCCAGAGCAGCAGCCUCUGCUCAAGGAAGCUUCCGGGUUCUGGAUAGGCCGGAAGGUGCCACUAGAUCCUGUGGCCAGAAGCCCGCAGCCGGGAGCUGGCACCUUGAAGUCGCUGGCAGCUGUGAGCCCAGAGGCCCCGACAUACACUACCACCUCUGCCAACACCGGCUCUCCGUGCCAGGGCAGGAGUGCCACCCCCCCCCAGCUGGGAGAUGGGCAGGAGACAGGCAGACGCAAGCAGAAGACGUGCCAGUGCUGCUCUGUCAUGUGAUCCCGGCCCCGCCAGCCACUGACCGCCCUCAGUGCUGGGAUGGGCAUCGAGAGCCCCAGCCGGAGACUGGCUGAUCGGAGGGACCUUGCUCCAGUGACUGGGGGCCCAGGCAGCCACGGCUCAGCCCUUGGGUGUUUUAAUUCCCCCGGGGAGGCUGUUCAUUUGUAUGGCCUGAUGUUUUCCUAUGGAGGGGUGCCUGGGGUAGGCAGUUAGUUUGGGGGGCGCCUGUCUCCUGCUGGCAGGACAUGGCUGCUGGCUGCAGCGCUAAUUUCACGUCUGGUCGCUUCUGUUCCAAGCCCCUGCAUGGAGGGGUCCUUUUCCUUCUGUCCCUGCCACGUCUGCCCCCUUCUGAAGCUCUGAGGGUAUUGGGCAACAGGGGGUCUCCUGUUUCUGGGAGUUCAGGGCCCCAGCUCACACUUCUGCACACGCCGGUAUACACGCUUGCCCCCCAUGCAUGAAUGCACACACAUGUACACACGCCCCUGCCCGAAUACAAACCUCUGCGUACAAACAUGUGGACACACACCCAGUCUCACGCACACGCCUGAAUAUAUGGACAAGCCCCCAGGUACAAAUACAGCUGUAGUCUGGCACCUCCCCCCCCUCCCACCCCGACACAGUGCUUACCUCUCUGCACACCGUCACUGCACACGCAUCACUGCCCAGACAAGUGCGCUCACACACACACACACAGGCCCGACACAAUCGCAGGGUGCACUUGGGCACAGUAGCAGGUGCCUUGCCAGACACCUGCACACACCCAGACUUACACAUGUGUUCACGUGCUUACUGCCCCCGUGGGAUGGCUCAGCCUGCGUGGCCCCAGCAACAGGCUUUCUGCCUCACCUCCAGCUGGGCUGGGCAUUGCCCAGCUGCCUGCUCCCAAACAGGUCCUGCCCGAGAGUCCUUUCCUAGAGCCAUCGCCGCGCCAGGAAGGGGCGCCCCGCGCAGGUCAGUGACAGAGGCAUCAGAAACCACCUCCUCCCGUGGUCCUCAUCUCAGCUUUCCAGCGCCUGCAUCCUGCCCCUUGCGGGACCAAAACCCCUUUCCCAGCUCCGGCUCGGGCAGCCCUGGAGCUCAGUAAUGGGACAGGCUGGAGCUGUGGCCCUGCCCCCUUCCACCGCAUCCCUAGGCAGCCUGGCUCCGAGCCUUGGAGGUAUGUCGUUGUCUCUGAGGAGCUGGGCCUCAGAUGCCACGGUGACGGGCAUCUGUAGAACACCCUAGAACAGCCUCCCAAAGCUGGUUUUGUCUCUGGGCCUUCCCCUGCCUUAAACCGCCCUUGUUUGGAAUAAGUGAGUGUGAGCCAGUCACACGGCCUAGCCUUGAACCGUCCAGCAGGGGUCACUGCUGAGUGAUGCUCAAUUAAAGUCACUUUCAAUGGGAAGCCCGCAGCUUGUGAGUGUGUGGGGGAGGCUCAGCGAGUGGUUUUGCAGAUGUCGGGUUCUGCUGGGUUCUGUGCCCACCUCUGCCAUUUUACUACUGGGUGACCUUGGGCAAGUCCCGUCCACUCUGGCCUCAGUUUCCCCUCCCACCCUCUUUGUCUAGGUGAGCGUUGCCGGGCAGGGACUUCUCUCACUGUGUGUCUGUGCAGUGCCCAGAACAGCGAGAUCCCUGAUUUCAGUCCGGGUUUGGGCAGCACCCAGCCUGAGGGGGACUCUGAUCUCGGUCCCAGUCUCUGCCCUGAGCAGAUAGGCACUGAGCUUGGGGAUUAUCCCCAUUUCAGAGAGGGGAAUGCAGAGCUAGGGAAUCCCUGCUCCAACCUUUAAGGUCCCCUCCCUCCCAGUGCUGAGAAUAGGACUCCUGGCUUCUGGUCUCAGCUCUGGGAGGGCAGUGGGGUCUAGUGAGUUGGAGCAGGGGGCUGGGAGGCUGGACUUCUGGGUUCUAACCCCAGGUGUGGGAGGAGAAAGUGGUGUAGUGAUUAGAGCAGGCCUGGACUGGGAGUCAGUGACUCCAGAUUUACACCACAGAGCAUUCUUGGACCUGGGUGCUUUUACUCUAGCGUUGCAGCACUGGUUCCCCCUCUGGGCUUGUCUUCUCAAGUGGGGCUGCCCAGAUUUCAGCCCUCAGAGCAGCCCCCGACUGCGUAUGGGGGCAGCAGCUCCAAGCCACCAUUUACCCCCAGUGCUGCAGUCCGGGCUGAGACAGUGGGAGACCAGAAUCAUGCCCCUGGCACCUCUGUCUGCUUGCACAGACUGUUCCAUCACACGGGGCCCUGCUGCUGCCCUCACCCUAAUGAAACCUUCCCCCAGGGCCAAAUCUCCCCCAUGACGAGCUGCCAGCUCUGAGCACAGGUCACAGCGAGGGCUGCUGGGCAGACAUCACCGUGUGAUGCUCAGUGUCUCGCCUGAGCCUGGAUUGUCCCUUUUAAACACUGAGAGAGCCACUGGAAUGGAUGGGGCUGGAUCCCCAGCUGGUGUAGAUCAAGGUGGUGUCAUUGUCCGUGUUGACACCUGCUGAGGGGUUGUUUGACACCUGCUGAGGCUCUGGCCCUUGCUGCUAAAUGAAAUCAGGGGGAGUUCAGCCCUUGGAGCUUCCCAGGGGCCGAGGAGGUGGGUUGUGACUGGCUCCAGGUUUCCCCACAGGUGUGAAGUCAGCACAUCCCAGUGAGGCUGAGGGGGUUAAAGUCAAGUGAAUUGAGAUUUGAUUGGGGGGGGGGAAUAUCUCCCUCUUCUCUCUGCUCAAUAGGCUGGGCAUGAAAUUCAAACCCCCCCCCCCCACCUUGGUUUGAUGUCUGCCAAGUGUUGGCCUCAUGCUUAAGGUCCUUAAUAGGGACUCAGGACACCUGGGUUCAAUUCCUGACUUUAUUGCCUCACCGUGUGACCUUGGACAAGUGACUUCAUCACUGUGUACCUCAGUUUCCCUUGUUUAGACUAAGCUCUUGGGGGUAGGGCUUGUUUCAUUGUGUCUGGGCAGUGCCCAGCCCGAUGGGGCCCU